AUAAUACAUUCAGUAAACCUUACGAAACAAAACCUCCCGUAACGAAAACUACAUCCAAACCAUUGACGGAAAAUACUGAGAGAACGGAAAGGACAACAUAUAAUGCUGUUACCAAUCCAGUCAACCCUCCCGCGCCAGCAAGGGAGCCAGAAAGGCUCUCUGAAAGGGUACCCCUGGCACCUGUCAAUACGCGCUCAGAAGACGUACAUUCCAUAUGCACAGAAAAUGCACAGCGAAGCUCUAAGAUGUCAGCUUCACAAAGAUUGUCCAGCCUGAGAGACCAACUGAACACUGUUGAUCUAAUACCUUUGCCCCUACCAGCCACUAAUAACGAUUUUGUUGAGCAUAGCGGUCCCGUGACACAUGUAGCACCAGCAUACAGCUUAGAACCACCACCAGACUCCAGCUCUUCAGUGGACAAGUUGGAAUGGACCUGUCGAAAGCUUGGAUUAGCGCAGCCCGUCUACAAGGUGCACGACAUUCGACCGAAACGAGGACCCGUCAGUUACGACUGCUCAAUUAAGGUUGGUACGGCCUACUCGACGUCGUCAUAUCCAGAUUCAUCGCCGUCCCAAGAGUUGGCCAAGGAAGUGGCGGCAGUGAAGCUGCUGGUGGAGAUAGAGAGCGCGCAGUCGGGCGGCAUGCCCACCUCCUCGCCGGGCAAGGCCGUCGCCUCGCUCGCGGACCUCGUGGCCGAACACGAGGCCGGCCUCUGGGCUAGCUCCGUGCCACACUUAUACAGGGCGCGCCGCCGCUGUAACACAAGAACAGUUUGUCGGACGACACAAACGACAGCGAUUUACACAUACAUACCAUAUAAACAACAGCGGGUCAGUGAUUGAUAUAAAUCUAUAAACUGAAAAAUCUCUUCAUUGCUCCACGAUAAUGACAUUUUGGGCUUUCAACAUUUAAUAAAGCGGUCAAAAAUUCAAGCUGUCAGUGAUAUAUGUACUAAACUAACAAUGGCGACUGUGUGAACAUCACAGGCCACGGUACGCCACGAUUCCUUUGAAGUGUGCCAAAAAAACCGAUAACUCCACGGCUGACAACUGACGGGCAGUCAUCUGCCAUUUUAUACCAUUGCCCCCUGAAGGUCUACCAUGAGUUCCGUGAAUGACAGUCGAUAGUGAGAAAGUUAAGGACAAUGUAUGGAGUAAUUUAUGGAGUAAUUGCGGGUAACUAUGGCGGGGCCCUUCGGGGACAAGGAAUAGAGGGAAGGUAAAAGAAAAAUGGCUCGGCGAUAUCGUGGCUACAGCCAGGCAAGACUGGUCACAGAAGGCAAAGGACAGGAAAAACUGGCUGAAUCUGGAGGAGGCCUUCACCCGAAGAGGGGACAAAAUAAUAAUAUUUUUUAAACUUUUUAAACCAUUUUUAAUUUUUUAUGUAAUAUUAUAGAGGUGGUAGACCCGCUGUUGUGUAUAUUGUAUGUAUAUGCAUGUAUAUGUAUAUGCACCACUAUAUAAUAAAGGAUUUGGAUUAUA